GUCAAGCCUGCUUCACUCAUGACCAAGGAGGACUUGCUACAAAAUGCCUGCUCUCUCACCCUGGACCAGGAAACUGCCCAUCCCUUCCUCCUGCUCUCUGAGAACAACAAUAAAGUGACCGGAAGCAAAGCCCGUCAGCGUAGGCAGAGCCUCACCAAGGCAUUUGACUACUGGAAGCAGGUGCUCUGUGUAGAGAGACUGGUUGGAGGCCAAUGCUACUGGGAAGUUGACUGGAGCGGCAAGGGGGUCUUCAUCGGCGUGGCCCUGGAAGGACUGUGCAAAAGGGGAAAAGGCAUGGAGUGCGGCCUAGGGCGUAACGCCAGCUCCUGGAGCUUACACUGUACAAACGACCGCUACACUGCCUGGCACAACAACAUUGAACAUGAGAUUGCCAUUAACGUCGCCUCGCCUAGGAUUGGGGUGUUCUUGGACCAGCUGGAAGGGACACUCACGUUCUACAGUGUCGCAAGUGAAGUGACGGCCAUCCACAUGUUCACAGCACAGAACUUGAACAACCUUCUCUAUCCUUGCUUUGGAAUUGAGCAGGAAUCCUCUGUCAAACUUGUCCAGCUGAACAGGAACUUUACGUUCUCAAUUUAAAACACUGUGGGGUCCCUGUACAAAGUGAAAAUUGUAUAGCUUGUCAUUAAUACAUACUGUAACGCACUUCAACUCACAAUCACCUGUAGACCUUUCAAUAGUUGACUGUGUUGGAAAACAUGAGUUCACCUCAUGUGAUGUAUUUAAAAUUCUAUGUUUGGUUGUUUGUUUAUGAGGUGUUGGCCUGGUUUAGUUUACUAUACGCAAAAAUGAUUUGCAUCCUCUAAUUAUCCUCUCAGGUCUUAGCUACUGUCUCUGGUCUAGCAGAAAAAAAUAAUGAGACACAUGCUGGAGAAGCUGCCUUAAUGAGGUGAGACUGCAGGGAAGACAUCAACCCUGAGAAACGACAGAUUUGAGUGGGUUAAUACAAAAUUCAAGGCCCAGUAACUGACUGUACUCUAGUUCUUUUUUUGUGCGACACACAGUCAUUAUCAAGUGAAAUAGAGACAAUGUGGAGUGAAUUUCUUAUGAUCUUACACACAUGGUUUCCGGAAAGAUGAAAGACUGAUACUCACAAAAGGCACUAAUUGCCUGGAAGUUUCAGACAAGAAUCUGCAUCUGACUCUGUGUAAGUUACGAGCCAUUACUGCAAGGCUUUCAAGCCAGUCUAGAACAAUGACUACAGUAGGACAGGAAAAUUGUGCUUGCAGAUUGGUAAAAUGUUGUUAUUAUACGUAUAAUAAAUCACUGUACAGUAGCACUUUAUGUUGGAUUGCCUGCAUGAAACAAGACACAGAAUCACGGUAUAAUUGUACACUGUACAUGCCAAACAAUGACAGUAACCUAAGCGGCAGUGUAGGCUACUGCAAGUUUGUUUCCUAUAAGUACAGUUGUAAGUAAUGCUGUAAACGAGAAGUGUUACAUAUUGUUACAUUUAUGUUUUCUUUCACUGAGUUUGCUGCAACAAAACAGCAAAAUAAAUUGUAAGUAAUACCACAAAAUAUUAAUCAGAAGUCUGGUUAUGUCUGCAUCUACUUACUCUCUAUACCUG